UGCGGCAUGUAUGUCUUUUCAUUAAUAUGCUUUUAAUUUGUAAGAUAGAGCCCGGAACUGAGUAAAAAGGUUGCGUUAACUCCCGCUCUCCGGUUAACUACUGUCAUGUCACCAUAACAAUGGACAGAAGCAAAUGGAACAAGAUAAUCACACGUUUCCAGGCUUGUGCGCGCGGACACCUCGCGAGAACCGAAGUGCGGCGCGCGCGCGAGGACUUUGAGGAGAUCGUGAGGGAAAUAGAAGGAGGGUUGACCCAUUUAAGGUGGACUGACACGACCCCAUCCAUCCCAUACUUUACAGACACAGGGGAAGUAUGUCUUCGACCUGCCAGCUGUUUACUCAAGCCACCAGACCCAGAACUAGAUGUCGAUUCUCCCCAGAGUUCAAAUCCCUCACCAGCGGUGGGUCAGGAUCUCUGUGUCCAGCCAGAGAGGAAAGAAGCCAAAAGAGAGGAUUGGUCCAUCAUCCCUGUGAGAGGGGAAGAAGGGGUGAUUGAGAGGGGUCCUCAGCAGUACUGCCUGGCACAGGAGGUGCCUCGUACCUCAGAAGCACUGCGUCUGCAUAGAAACGCUUUGACCAUGGAGCUGGUCUGGCUCCAGCAAGCCAUCGGCAGCAGGAAAAAGUAUCUAUCCCUGAAGGACAGACUGAGUGUAUCCUGACGGUAAAAGUAAUAUGAACUGGACCUAAAGUGGGACUAAUGGGAACAGAUCACUCUAAUGUCAUCUGUGUUAUAAAUUAUCUAUAUGUUGUAUUUAUGAUGUAAUAUAUGAAACUGCAUUUAAAGUGUACGUUUUUGAUACUGUUAAAGAAAUAAAUAAUAUUUUUCUACAAA